CCACAGCCAGAGGGCAGAGAGAGGCACAGGGCACGAGGAAGAGCCACCCCACAGCCACCAUGCUCCCUGCAAGGACUGUCCUGCUGCUCACCCUGCUGCUCACCUUCUCCCUGCACCACGCCACAGCCCACUUUGCACCUGUGGAAUGCUGCUUUGAAUAUGCACAGAAACGAAUGCGACACCCUCAGGGCUUCUACGAGACAUCCAAGGACUGCCCCAAGCCUGCAGUUGUGAUUGUGGCUGGCAAUGGUGAUCAGAUCUGCGCCGACCCCAAGAAGGACUGGGUGAAAAAAAUCAUAAAACGGCUUCAAAACAAAACAUCAGACCCAUCCACCAUCUGACCUGCCCAUCCCAUUCAGUCUUCCCGUCUCUCGAGGGAGCCAUCAGUGCUGGCAGCUCUUCUCCAGCGAGUGCUGCGGCCGUGGGGUCCCUGCAGGAGGAGCCACCAAGACCAGGUGUCACCGUGCCAUGGCCCUGCCAGCUCCUGAGCUCCUCCUGCUGCCACUGCCCUGCCACGAUGUGCCUGUGGAACCAAUAUUUAUA